AUGAAACUUAUACAAUCGUUUAUUCAAUUAAAUACAUCUAGUGUUUUUCGAAAAGUAAAAAUUGUGAUAUUUGUACUAAUUAAAGCACGACGACAAACUGGUCGACGUCGAUCGAUUAUUCGAGAAUACGCUUUGAAUACAUCCAUUCAUGGUAUUCCAGGUAUUGCUCGCAGUCAAAGUGUCGGUAUGAUAGCGAUGGUACAUGAUAAUGCACAAUUACCAUUGAUUGAUUCUGCUGGUAUGGCAUUAGCAACUGGAUUUAAACAUCGAAUUACGUAUACCAAAAAGAUAAUCUCAUAUUUACGUUCUCCUUAUUCUACAUGUAAUGAUGAAAUACCUCCUAUGAUGCAAGCUAUGUUUGAUAAUUAUCAAGGUGCAGAAUAUGGAUAUUCAGAAGAUAUCUGUUAUGAAUUAUGCACGGAAGUAUUUACAUAUCAGCAAUGUGGCUGCAUUAAUCCCAUACAAUGGAAUAGUCGCUUGAUUUUUCUACCUGAAACUAAAGAAAUGAUUAUGGCUCCUUUAUGUAAUACAUCUGAUAAGUGUUACUCCGAUGCAGCCCAUGUUUUUUUGACGUCAUCAUCCUUGCUUGACAAAUAUUGUUCAUAUUGUCCACAGCAAUGUUUGGUUACGGACUUCAAUAUCAAAUCUUCACUAUGGAAAGCACCACCAACAUGGUUAAUGGAUGAUAUUAAAACAUUUGUUGAAAAUUCCGAAAUUCCAUUACCUAUUGAUUGGUCAACAAAUUGGCGUUCUUAUAUUGAUUCGAGUUAUCUCUCGAUCGAUUUAGUACAUGAAUCAACUCUAAUUGAAAAUUAUACUCAAACAGCAACAAUGUCUGCAGUUGAUGUUUUGUCCAAUGUUGGUGGUCAAACAGGUCUUUGGAUCGGUGUCAGUUUUCUGUCUAUAAUGGAAUUAGCAGAAAUGCUCUAUCGACUUGCACGAUACCAAUAUCAUACUAUUCGAAGACCUCAUAAUAGAACUAAAGAUGAUAGUAAAGUUUGA